GCGCGGGCCGCAGUGGGGUGCGCGGAGCAGGUUGAGAUCGCUCGCUCUCCUCGCAGCGACCCUCCGCCCGCGCGGAGCAGCCCUUCCCCCCGCGCUCCCCCCGCCCCGACUCUGCGCAGACAUGGCCAGCGGGGGACUACAGCUCUUGGGCUUCGUGCUGGCCUUCCUGGGCUGGAUCGGCAUCAUCAUCAGCACCGCCUUGCCCCAGUGGAAGAUGGCAUCCUACGCGGGGGACAACAUCGUCACGGCCCAGGCGCUCUACGAGGGGCUGUGGAUGUCGUGCGCCAUGCAGAGCACGGGGCAGAUCCAGUGCAAGGUGUACGACUCGCUGCUCAAGCUGGAAAGCACGCUGCAGGCUACUCGGGCUUUGAUGGUGGCUGCAAUCGUUGUGGGCCUGCUCGCUAUAUUUGUUGCUAUGAUUGGCAUGAAAUGCAUGAAGUGCAUGGAAGAUGACCAGACGAAAAAGAUGCGGAUGGCUGUCUUUGGUGGGGUGAUGUUCAUCGUUGCAGGUUUGGCAGCGCUGGUAGCCACAUCAUGGUAUGGCAACAGAGUGGCUCGAGCCUUCUAUGACCCUUACACCCCUGUCAACACCAGAUAUGAGUUUGGAUCAGCUCUCUUCAUUGGAUGGGCAGCUGCUUCUCUGACCCUGCUGGGGGGAGCCUUCCUCUGCUGCUCCUGUCCACGGAGAGAAACUUCAUAUCCACCCACCCGAGGCUAUCCAAAAAAUGCCUCCUCCACAGGGAAGGAUUAUGUAUAAUGAAACAACGAAGAGGAGCCACCGGCACUAGUAGUGAAAGCAUUUUGGAGAGGACACUACAAUACCACUGUCCUGACCAGAGUUCAGACUCUAGGUUCUGCCUUCCUCUUCUCCCAAAAAUGUGUAUAUUUUUUUAAUCCUCUUUGCUACUGGACAUAACUUCUCCUUUCUCUCCCAGCCCAUGGAGGAAGGCUAGCCUAGGUUCAUAGGUAUUGCCACUGGAAAGACAAAACCUCCAAGCUUGGGUUAAGUUUAGUGUUUGGGAGUAAAAGGGAAAAAUGAUACUGUUUUUUUUUUUUUUUUUUAGAUGGAUGUUGGUGCUUUUUUUUAGUUGUUUUUUUAAAAAAAUAGGUUGUAACAAUUCGGUCCCAUAUCCCAUUAAGUUAGAGCCCAGUGUGGUGUGUGUAGAAAUUAAAGGAACAUAUAGAAUAUACAAAGUGAUGAAACCAAUAGCUUAAGGGGAAACAUAAUUUUAGGGAAAAGACUUUACAUGUAGGAAUGCUUGAAGAGACCUAAAAUGCUCUUGUACUGUCUUAUUGGCAUCUUCAGCACCCUACUUUCUGUGCAGAUUGGCUUGGCAAAGGGUCAAUCACAAUCAAAUUGCUGUUAUUUAAACUGAAAUCUGGAACUGUCCACUCACAUGUGGUUGGCUGGCAGAAGAUGCAGUGUAAGUUGGCUUGGCUUAGCUGUAUGUUGUCACUGUUUGCCAAGACCUUGGAGGUUGAUAGUGUCUGAGCCCAAGGCUGGAAAAUUCUAGCUACAGAGGUUAGGAAACUCUCAAAGCAGCUGCAGGUUUCCCUGGUGCCAGGGAAGACCCAAGGAAAAAUGAUUGCCUUCUGGUUUUGCUGGGUGUCUGGUGGGGCUGUUGUUGCUGUUUCUUAGACACUGAGUGCUGCCAGUGAUUUGUUUCUCCAUGUUCCCACCCUUGUAUCUAACUGAGCUUGAAGAUUUAUCCCGUUGUGUGUGCUACAGGCCACUUUUUAACAAAAUCUCCUAUUUCUUUGAGUCUUUCUCAUCUGGGCUUAGUUACCAAUCUGUUUGCCUCAUGCAGAUAAAUGUGUUAAACCAAACUGAAUGCACUGCUUCUCCCUGAUGUUUCCCCAAGGAUACCUCACAUGCAGCCAUUUGAUCCUGUCUUUUUUCUUGUAAACACUUUCAGUGAUGAUAUGAAGGCAAAUUCCAAAGAAACUGACCCAAAGGCUAUGGCAUUUUCUUUUAAUCCAAACUCAACAAAGAGGAAGAAACUAGCAUUUUAAAUAUAAAGCCAUCCUUGCAUAUUAAGUCAUAUCUUAAGCAAAAAAAUAAAAGGGGAGGGGAAUCAUGCAGCUCAGAGGUUUCUGCCCUUUAAUCUGAAACACCCAGUCAGUCACUUGAUGUUUGACUAACACUAGCUGAGGUUGGCUGGAGUGGUCUCAUAAUUCCUAGAAGAAUUGUACCAGUUCUCUGAAGAUCAAGCUUGCUUUUCUACAGAAGGAAACUUGUUGCUUCUGACCAGGCUUUGUAAAUGUGUAUGUGUUCAGAGGCACCAGAUUUUUUUUCUUCUGUAGAAAGGGAGAGGCUCUGGGGCUGAGCUAUGUACAACCAUGGCAAUGGUGGCUUGUAUAAGCAUUGUACCUCUGUUUGACCCAACUCUUUGCGACAUAAACCAAAGUUACUAAAAGAAACCGAGCAGAGCAUUUGCUUCAGGCUUGAGCUGAUGUUGGCCUGUACUUGCAGCUGGGUCAUGUGGCUUCCAUUUCUCCAUGGGGAACUGCCCGUGAACAGCAGCUGCCUCAUGAGACCUUGUCUUAGGAGGUGGUAGCUCAGGUCACAUUAAAGAGCUACUGAAGUCUGUGCUUUUGUAUUUGCAUUAACCCUGAGCCAGGGAGCAGACACUUACAUUGGGAACUUGUAUAAAGUGUUAAAACAAUUUCAAUAAAUGGACUUUUUUAAGGAAAA